AUGCCUGGCAAGGGCUCACAUCCAUAUUGUCUCUUUCAUCUGGCGACAGCACCCGGAACGAAUCCGGUCGUUGAUUGGUCGGUGUUGUUCGGGGAGGGCCUGCUUCAACGGCACUUCUCGCCAAUCACCACCCUAUGCGCCAUUAUCGUAAUGACGAUCGGGAUUUAUUACUACGAUGAAGGGACGACAUUCGAACGCGAUCCGGUCGACCAGCCUGUCGGUCGGUCGGACAGACGAUUUGUGACCGACGAUGUUGUUUUCGUCAUGCAUAGGCUGGCCGAAUUCACAUUACACUCUGCGUAUGUUUACAGUGUAACGGAACCGACCCCGGCACACGACGGUGGUUUUAGUGAUCGGUAG